AUGGCAGCCAAAAAGGAGGAGGCCAUGUUUCGCUCUGCGGAGAUGAGUAUGGUCCAAUUGUACAUUCCAGCUGAAAUCGGAAGAGAAACGUUAUUCUCGUUGGGAAGACUUGGACUUGUCGAAUUUAGAGAUCUAAACAAGAAGGUCAACGAAUUCCAGCGUUCGUUUGUUGAUGAGAUCCGUAGAUUGGAUAAUGUUGAGCGUCAAUAUCGCUUUUUAAAGUCUGCUAUGGACAAACGUGGAAUCAUAGUGCCUGAGAUUCUUGUUGAAGACUAUGACGUUAAGCAUCGUGAAAUUAUGAGCACCUCUCAGUUGGACGAAGCUUGCUCUAAUGCUCAGAUUCUUGAGGAUAGAAUCACUGAGCUCUCAGAAGCUUCCGAGGAUAUGUUGAAAAAGCAGACAGACUUGAAGCAAUACCAGCAAGUUCUUAAUCGUACAGAUGCGUACUUUGACCGUUCGUACUCUGCAGAUCUGAUGGGUCUUUCUGGAAAUGAUGCCAACUUGGUUGAUGGUGAUGUAAUCGGUGAAUCACAAUUGCACUCGGUUUCCAAUUUUGUGACCGGUGUUAUUUCAAGGGCCAAGAUUCCGAUAUUGGAAAAAAUCUUGUGGCGUGUCUUGAGAGGUAACUUGUUCAUGAAGUCAUCCGAGAUCGACCAAAAGAUCUUCGAUGCAGGUUCAAAGGCAUUCAUCGACAAGAACUGCUUUGUCAUUUUUUCGCACGGUGAGAUUGUUCUUUCCAGAAUCCGCAAGAUCUGUGAGUCUUUGGGUGCAGAUCUAUACUUUGUUGAUCCAGAUCAUAAGAAACGCCAGGAUCAAAAGGUGGACAUUCGUCACAAGUUGAGUGACGUCACUACGGUUUUAGAAGGUACCGACAGGACUUUGGAGACCGAACUAAGAGUGGUGGCACCUGAGUUAGAUUCGUGGUGGAAGCAGAUCAAGCUUGAAAAGUCGGUUUAUAAGGCAAUGAAUGACUGCUACUAUGAUUUGAACAGGAAGUGCUUAAUUGCUGAAGGAUGGGUUCCCAAUGCAGAGAUCUCCGUCAUCCAGAGAUCGUUGGACGCAAUUUCAGCAAGGUAUUCGGGUAAUAAUAGUUUGAGAAGAAUUGCCUCACACAGUGUAAGCCAAGCUGAUUCCGAUAACUCUAUUCCUAUUAUCAUGAACACCAUUGAAACAAAUAGAAAGCCGCCUACAUACUUCAAGACUAAUAAGUUUACUGAGGCUUUCCAAGCUUUGUGUGAUUCUUAUGGCACUGCCACCUACCGGGAGGUCAAUGCCGGACUUCCAACUAUUGCAACUUUCCCAUUUAUUUUCGCAAUCAUGUUUGGUGACUUGGGUCACGGCUUUCUCAUGUUUCUAGCAGCUUUGGUUUUGGUUCUUAAGGAGAAAGAAAUUUCCAGGAUCAAAAGAGAUGAAAUAUUUGACAUGGCAUACUAUGGAAGAUACAUGGUCCUCAUGAUGGGUCUAUGUUCCAUGUAUACAGGAUUUAUCUACAAUGAUGCAUUUUCGAUGUCUCUUUCCAUCUUCAAAUCUGGCUGGUCAUGGCCUUCAAGCUGGAAACUUGGAGAGUCAAUCGUGGGACAUCAAACUGGUGUUUAUCCAAUCGGUUUCGAUCCCAUAUGGCAUGGAGCAGAGAAUUCACUUCUCUUUGCUAAUUCAUACAAGAUGAAGCUCUCAAUUCUCAUGGGUUUCAUUCACAUGUCAUACUCGUACGUGUUCUCGCUUGUGAAUGCAAUUUACUUCAAGAGGCCAAUAGAUAUCAUUGGAAAAUUCAUUCCGGGUUUCAUCUUCAUGCACGGAAUCUUUGGUUACCUUUGUGUCUGUAUUGUUUACAAGUGGUCGGUCGAUUGGAUUGGCAUCGGCAAGCCUGCACCAAGUUUGUUGAAUAUGCUCAUCAACAUGUUUUUGUCUCCGGGAACCAUAGAUGAUCAGCUUUAUCCCGGCCAAGCAUCCGUUCAGGUUACAUUGCUUCUGUUGGCAUUGAUAUGUGUUCCUUGUCUUCUUCUCAUCAAGCCAUUGUGGUACAAGCAUGUCCAAGAUAGGAAAUUGUCUGCCUACCACAGUAUCAGCUCGUCUUCCGAAGCUGCAGAAGGCGCUCCAAAUACAUCUUCCACUCAAAAUGAAAAUUUACUUGCUAACCUUAACAUUGAUGACGAUGAGCCUGUUGAACCGGAAGCAUUUGGAGAUGUUAUGAUUAACCAGGUUAUCUACACUAUCGAGUUCUGUCUUAAUUGUGUCUCUCACACUGCCUCGUACCUUCGUUUGUGGGCUUUAUCAUUGGCACAUUCACAGCUUUCCAGUGUUUUAUGGAGUAUGACCAUUGGGGCAAGCUUCAAGUUCUCCGGCUUGUUUGGCGCCAUAUUUAUCUUCAUUAUGUUUGCUCUUUGGUUCAUUUUAACCGUUUGUAUCUUGGUUGUCAUGGAGGGUACCUCAGCCAUGCUUCAUGCCUUGAGAUUGCAUUGGGUGGAAGCUAUGUCGAAAUACUUUGAAGGUGAAGGUGUUCCUUACAAGCCAUUUUCGUUCAUUUCCGUCUUGACCCCUGAUCAGGCAUAA